AUGGCCCUACCUACUACGCCUGCCCGGUCGAUCGCGCGCUCUACGCUCUCAACGCCAUCGACUGCCCAGCAUGGCGGCUCACCCCAAGAGCUCACUCCAAGGAGCAAGGUCAAGGCCAUGCUAGCGGCGAUUGAUGAUGAUUCCGACUCUGAGCCCAUCCCGGAACCCAGAAAAUCAGGAAGAAGUGCCUUGUCAGCUGUCACUGGCAACAUUCAGAGGCUUGACGGACACAAAAGUGGGAAGGAGGAUGCCGAUGUUGGUCAGCGAGAGGACGAGGACAUGGAAGAGGGAGAUGAAAUUGAUGAGUCGCCAGUUAUUCCUAAGGGCAGGUUGGCAGCCCGCCUCAACGGACAGACCUUCGACAGACGCGGAUCCAGCUCGACCAGUGAAGGAGAUCGUGAUGGAGACGCUUAUGCUAGGAUCAAGAAGAGACUUCUGCGAGGACACGUCACGAAGACCCACGACUCAACAGGUACGACCGAGAGCAGGCUGGCAAGACCUGAAGCGAGGCCAUCUAAGCGUCAAAGAACUUCAAGCAUUGGCUCCGAUCGCGCCAAUUCUAGGGCAAGUAGUCCUACGAGAAACCGAAAGCCUUCACCAGGCCUGUUCUUAACGCCCGAACCAGUGGAAACCCAACAGGAAUCUCGGCAUCCAGUCAGCAGUACUGGGUCAGACUCUGAUCUACCCGCUAAUCCUCAAUCGGACAGUCGUGUCCUGGAACUGGUGGCCAAGAGGAGGGCUAAACGUGAAGCGAAGGAGGCGGCAGAUGAUAAAAGUAAAGCAGAGAAAGCAGCAAGGCAGCGGUCAUUCGAGAAAACGCUCUCACAAGAUGCUUCUCCAGGCUCAGCCUUCUCGGACGAUGAUAAGGCAGCGGACCGGAGGCUCACCCAACACUCACGGCCAACGCGCAAGGCUAGCAAGAAGGCGCUUGAAGAGAUGAAUCGGGAGACACAGCGAAUGAGUCGGAAUAUGCAGCUAGCCCAUCAGGCUAAGACGAAGAAAAAGAUCAGCAAACAAAGCCUCCUUGAUAGAUUCAAUUUUCGCACGUCUGUGCCACCAAUUGUGGAGGCGCCUCACAAUCCAAGCUCUUCAACCGCUGCAAGCUCGGCUCCUGGUUCAGAUCUAGAGGAGGCGCACAAAAAGGACUCACCGCCCACAAGUCCUGUUGCACCUGAUGAUCCGCUCUUGGCGCCCGCAGAUUCGGUAGUUGACAAGCAGUCAGCAGACACAGCGGUUACGAUACAGCCAUCGGAGCAAGAAGAUGAGGAGCUUCCAACUAUGCUCGAAGUCAUGAGCCAGCCGAUACAGAAAUUGGAUAAAGGAAAGGGGAAAGCUAUCGAGUACAGCGAGGCAGACAACGCUCCUGAGAUUGUCAGAGGUCAGAAAACAAUCUUUAAGCAACGUCCUAUCAAAAUCCGCCUACAGAAGCCGAUAUCAGAUUGUGCCGAUGUCGACUUAGAUUCGGGUAGCGAUUUGGAGGUCUUGCCGGUUCGAAAAUAUAGGACUUCGAAAUUCGAGGUCUUUGAUCGCCUACCCCUGGGUAAGGUGCAAGAAGGCCGUUCAAUGCAGACUCUUCGCGCGCUUGCCCAUCUUAACUCACCAGAAAAGCUGUCCCGUGCGAAGAAAGGAUCUAUGACUCAAGCAGACAUGCAGAUGUCGUUGCAACAGCGUGCCAGACGACAAGCCAUGGAAGAGCGGAGAGCAAAGAUAGAAGACCUCAAACGCCGGGGCAUUAUUGUCCAAACUGCAGAGGAGAGAGAAAAAGACCAGGCAGAGGUGGAAGACCUAGUGGACAAGGCUCGGAGAGAAGCAGACGAAAUCAUGCAGAAAGAAAAGAAGGCGGCGAAGAAGGAGAAAAUUGCGAAUGGCGACGUGGAUGCGCUAGCCGAUAGCAGCGACGAAGAUGACGACUAUCAAGCUGACGUAGACAAAUCUGACGUUGAGCUAUCUGGGUCCGAUGAAGAAGAGCCCGAAAAAGAAUCCGGCGAAGAAGAUCUAAGUUCUGAUGGCGAGCAGCUUGAAGACAACGAAGACGGGAGUGUAGACUUGGGCGAUGGUAAUGAAGCUGCCGGCUUGAUUGACAAUGAGGCUUCAGAAGAUUCUCAGGACGAAGAGGAAGACGAAGCUUCUGUAGAAGAUGGCAACGAGGAUGUUGAGGAAGCGCACGAGCCCCACAUGCAUCGGCGCAGGACUAAAAUGGUAAUCGAUGAUGAUGACGACGAUGGUGACGAGAAAAUGGAGCCAUCAGCAUCAGCCCCACAAGCAAGUUCUGCGCCUGAACUUCCCCAGUUCCCCGCCCUCGCAGGACCAGUCUCAUUCGCUUCACCAAUGGGAAUGACCCAAGCUUUUGCAGCAACUAUGGCUAAUACGCAGACGCAAGGUCUCGAUAACGAUGACGAGCAGGACUCCCUGGCAUUCCUAGGUCCUCCACCAGAGCCGAAUUUUCCAAUGUUCGAUGAGACCAACUCCCUGCAGGUGGUGGAGGACAGUCAAAACAGCCUGCUACUUAAGACGAACGCAGAACAGAACACAGAUUCGUCGAAAGAGAUCAAUCUCCACUUCACGCAGUCGCAGAUAGGGUACGAUGAUGCAUCGGGCGACACUCAAGGCCAAGUCGUGGCCAGUCAGAUAUCGGAGAUACCGGAUCCCACACAAGAUGUUGGAUUCAUGUUGUCUUCACCAGCUCCCGAGCGCUUUGUGUCUGAUGCUCCGUCCACUGCGGAUACCGUCCUCUUAUCUAGUGCUGUUGGAAACAAUUCGCCGGCCAAGAAAAGGAGAGGGCGCUUGCAACGACGGUUAGUGGUUGACGAAGAUGCCUCAGAAGUGGAUGAAACUCCGCCGGCAACUGAUCAUAACGUUGGUGAAUAUGACGCGACUACAAAUGCAUUCGAUUUGAUGAAGAAAGCGAGGAGAAAGUACAAGUCUGAGGCUGAUAGCUUUGAUAAAAAAAAAAGCGAGGCUAAGGGCAUGGUCGAAGAGCAAGCUCAGGAAUCCGAAGACGAAUAUGCUGGUAUUGGUGGAGCCAGUGACGAUGAGAGUGGGGGAGAAGAAGACGAAUUUGUUCGAGAUAUGAUAGAUCAAGGAGAAGUCAAUGUCAACGAGAGACAGUUGGCAGCUCACCAUGCGAAUAAUGAAAGAGCAAGUGACGAGAAGAUUAUUGCGAAGCUGUAUAAAGACAUCAAUAGUGGCGGGCUUCGCCGCAAGCGUGGUGCCGAAUUUGACCUCUCUGACUCGGACGACGACGCCGAAGCUCGGCAACGAAGGAAGCGGAAAGAGUUUGCCAAGAUGAGAAAGGCUUUACUUGAGAAUGAGAACGUCGGCAAGAUCGCCGAAGACCCGAAGAAGCUGGCUUUCCUCCGAGCUAUCGAAGACCGCGAAGCCGACGAUGAUUUCGACUUCUUGGAUCGUCCAGCAGAAGAUUCCUUCAGAGUAGAACCCGACACUCAAGAAGACACUGAGUCCCAAGAUCCGCCUGCUUUACCAGAACCCACUCUGGGCAAACGCAAGCGCCCUCUCCAAGAGUCUGUCCCUGACAAGGGCAACAUGCGUCCACCACCCGCUGCCCGCCGUACCCAAGCCCCCAAGAAACCAGCUACGCUCGCUGAAAUCCGGCAAUCUGUCUCCUUCCUCAUCGAAGAGCCCGGCUCGAUCAAUAUUGUCCCUGACCCUUCGUCCUCCGCUUCCGAAGACGAAUCCAAUCCAUACGAACGAACCCACCGCAAUCCCCGCCGCCGCCCCAACCCCAACCCCAACCCCAUUAUCGACCGCCUCUCCCUCAAACGCGCGGAGUCAGCCACCGCAUCAUCCACCUCUCGCCUAGCUUUCCACGAUCCCUCCACCACCAAUCCCUCAAUCGGCGGAUUCAAAGUGCCUAGUCUGCUCCGCCGUGCUACUACUACAAACCUUGCCGUUGACAACCACGGAAUUACGACGAUGGCCACUGCAACCACCGAGAGAGCGGCGGGUGGAGGGGAGAAGGGCGAUUUUGUCAGGAGAGGUGGGACCAAGAAAAGUAGUAUCAACUAUUUCGCCAGGGAGAUGGAGAAGAGCAAAGUCAUAGAGGGGGUAGAGAGGAGGAGAAAAGAAGAGAGGGAAAGGGAGGCGAAGGGGAGGAAGAUGAGACUAGGGGGUUUGGGUACAGGUGCUUUUGAGUAG